AUGCCUCCCGCGAUGCCAGUACAGGCGCCUAUACGACCGUAUCGAGACUUCGUCACCCCGGUCCUGCACAAGCGCUUCACAAGUGCUGCGGUAUACACGGCUUUUCUUUGCUGGCUGAUCUCGGUGUGGCAAGGAACGUGGACACACUAUCUCUGGUCGUGGUUCCUAAUCGGACCCGUUGGCAUUCGGGCGCUCCUACUCUUCGUAUCCGCCAUGAUAAUAUUUAUCGGCCGCAUUGCGCAGUAUCACGUUGGCGAGAGAAACACAGAAGCCGGUUGGGAUACUUUUAAAAAGUAUGCCUUUACAGGCAGGACCAUUAUGACCGUAGCAUCCUACGUACUCUCAGCAUUUCUUUUCGGCGAGAUUUACAUCUGGACUCAACCCGAGAGCAAGAAGCUCGGCUACACCGACCAAGGGAAGAACUAUGAGCGACUUCGGCUCAAUGAACGACCAAUGUUCCUUCGCUACAUGUUCGUUGUCCUGGCGUUGGUCCAGAGUGGGGUUCAUUUGUGGUGCGAUUACGACAAGAUCGUUUUUCAUGCGACCAAAGUGAAGGCCGAACAAGAUGCUGCUGCGACUUCACUGGCACCAAACCCUCGACAAGUCCUUAUUCAGAAACUAUCGUCCCUCGCUCAAACCGCUGCCAUUGGUUCGGGUGCCGUAUCGCUCGUAGGUGCUUUGAUAUACAUUUUUGGCUUCCGCUAUGUCAUCUGGCCUUCGUAUUAUGCGUGGGCGAGGAACGUGCUUAUGAUCAGCCUUUCCAAGUCGCGGCCAUUACCUAAUACUCUACCACCUUUCGCCCCUUUGAUUGGCAUGUUCCUUGCGGAAGGUGCUUUGCUCUUGUUUAUGUGGCAGUUUAUCAACACAACCUUCGACCUCUUCAUGUCACAGCCUCCACUGAAGAACGACAAACCUAUCACGAAUGAUUCAAAGGAUCCGAACGGCAGCCUUCUUAAAGGCUUGAAAGCUAAGAAAGACACCAUCAAGGCUGUAGCUCUCUGGGAACUGGCUUUGAUCACAGAGUAUUUCCCGGAACGCCGCAAGACUGUUUAUGGAGAGCUAAGCCGCAAGAACGGUACUACUCUGAAGCAGGUCGUCGAUAUUUGCCUCUCGGAAGUUAGCCUCCUCAUCACUCGCCUUAACGUGGGCCUGGAUCCGCACUAUCGCCCCCAUGACGAGGCUGAAAAGAACAAGCAACUCCAAACGGUUUCUCUAGUACCACAGAUCGCUCCUGGUCUCUAUGACGCACCAGUCAAAGCUCCUGGCCUUCCCCCAACUACUACGAGGGAGAAACUCGUUGACGUGGCUGGUGACUUCGCUAAAUCGCUUUCCUCACCGCAGAACGGCGUAAAGACUCGCGAGUAUCUCAAAAAGAGUACCGCAGAGGUUCAGCAACAUCUCCAAAAGAGUGUCAACGAAGUCGAAGCCCGCUCUUCAGGCUUGUACUCGCAGUUCAUGGCUUCGCCUUUUGGAUAUCCCUUCCGCCAUAGCCUUCGCCGCACCACCAACGUUGUUGUUGCUGGCGCGCCAUACUCGCGCCUCUCCAUCCUGUGCAACGCCAUCACCGCGCUGACGAACCUCACCGUAUCCAGUAUCUUAGAGGACGAGUAUGGACGCAUGCAGGACGAAGUACCGCAGAUCAUUCGCGUGUUUACUGUGGCAUUGAAUAAGCUGGACGAGUACAUCGCGAAGCUGAACGUUCACUGGACCGAUUUCGACGCGCUGGCAAAGCCUGAGGCGGAGCGGAAGAAAGUUGCCGAGGCGGAACAAGUGAGGGAGACUUUGAGAGCUGGACUAGAAAAGAUUCUCAGGAGCUUCGGCGAGUAUUUGACGGGCUUGAAAAUGUCGAGGCUAGAGAUAACGGAGGCGAAGAAGGUGGCUUCUAACGGGCCUGAGAUGGCUUAUCAUCCACUCGUUCCAACGACUUUAGAUUCCGUCGGCAGUCUCGUAGAUCCGCAGGUUGAGACGUCCGCCGCCGUGCCACUGGACGCGCUGUUCACGCGACUAAGGACGUAUUUGAAGGAUGAGGAGCUAGUGCAAGAGCCGGAGCCGGCGGAGGGGAAGUUCACGUUAAGGUAG